AUGUCGCUCGCAGGCGAUGAUCGUCACUCGUCCAGGGCACUCAAACGAGCUGCCCAAAAGAUCGACAAGGCAAAUGGGUACCUCGUCAAAGCUCAUUACGUCGAAGCAGAAGGGCUUUACACAGAAGAAGUCUUAACGAGAACGUCACCAGGUCAUGCUUGCGCUUUCAUCGGUAGGGCCCUUGCCCAUCUCCUGCUUGACUAUCCGGAGUUGGCCGCAAUGGAUGCAUACAGAGCCAUGCACGCUGCCAACAUUGGCAUGAUUGACGAGCAGGAGAACUUGUGGAGAGAUCAGAUUGAGCACUUUCUCAAAUACAUGAACAUAGCUGCAGAUGUUAGAGAAGAGCCUUGGACCUUGCCCCCAACAUGCUAUAUCGCUCGAGGGGAACUCCCAUGGCUGAACACGAAACUCGGAAGCAUCAGAAUCUUUCUCUCGGAGGUCGAUUUUCCAGACGACGUGGACAUUCUAGUACAGAACUAUUCCAAUUUCUGCUACGGUCUCAAAAUGAAAGCCCGGUACUUGUUAGCACUGUCGCUGUACCAGCUUGGUGGUGGUGCAGCUAAGUCUGCGCUCGACGUAAUGGUGGAUGCUCAUGACGAGGCUACUUGCUCAUCUGAUGAGCGUGAACAAUUAUUCAGCUUAGAGUCUGAGAUUUUCUCAAGUCUUGCCAAACAACAGAAAGAGGAGGCGUCCGCAGGGCUGAACUUGCAACGAAACACGUCUACUCCGUUGAUAAACGAACUCAUGGAAAUGAAGUACACGAGGAUACCCCGGUGUUUAUAUCCUUGGGACACUUACAACUAUAUCGAAACUACUGGAAAAUUCAAUGAAACGCUUAAGAAAUUGAACAAAUCUGCGCUCAAUGGCAAUAAGAAUGUCAGCAUUCGUGGUGAAAGCUUACAGGUGCUCAACCUCCAUCUCUGUGCCGAAGACAAUCUCACGGAAGAGGAGGAGCAAAUAUUCUGCGAGCGAUCUACAUGGAUGGUCGGGUCUGUCAGCACGAUUCUAUAUGGGAACGAUCCCACAUGUGAAGGCUGUUUCGCUAGUCUGACAGCAUCGCGAGAGCUGCUUGAAAAAGCUUACAGAGACGCCCUUUGCGUCAAUGAUAAGCGAGAUCCCACCUCGAGGUCACCAGGGCCUUCUAUGUCUCCCGAGCCAACCGCUCCUCCCGUGGUUGUAGGAGUCACCGAAGUCUCCGAGGACGACGAGGCUUACCAAGAUGACCAAGAUGAUUCGUUCACAACGAUAGCUGAAGGAUCAUUUGAAGCACCAACACAACGCACAGUUCAAAGGCUUACAGUCGAACCAUCAGAGGGAUUCAGCGUCUGCGACAGUUGUAUGGACGUACCUUUCUGCUGUAAAGAUUGUUGGGCGGCAACCACUGACCUGCAUCAUGCGGAUACCUGUGGCCUAAAGCUAGACGGGUGGAUACGUGACACCACGUCCCCAAAGGAAAUGGUUGGUGUACCAACUCCUCACGAGGCGCGUAUGUCGUCCUUAUUACUGCUCCGUAUAAUUGCUCAAACCAGUGGUACUAGGCAGCAUCCUUUGGCACAUGCCGGAGUACAGUUGCUUAAUCUUAAUUGCCAAGAAGCCCCGAGUCUAUAUCGACACUGUAACUUCACCCCAGCACCGUUGCACUAUACCUUUCCAGACAAGUAUAAUUGUAAAAAUCAAGCUCUCCGUUUCCCUGAAAGUCCUGGAUCGACAGAUCACCUUGCUCCAUGGCAUUUCGAUCUCAACAUUCGCAAACCCUUCGAGUUCCUGAUGAAGAUUGGCGGUGCCAAACUCGCGUUCGAAGUUAAAAACUAUGACGGCUGGAUGCUCAACACUAUGCUUCUCAAGAUCUGGGACAAUAUGGACACUACGAUUGGUGCUCGCUUUAAGAAGCUCUACAAUGAUGACGGUUCCAUCUGCUCACAACGACCGCUAGCGCGCUACAAAUCUGUCGCUGAGUACGUGAUGGGCGAGACACGGCAGCUAAUCCCUGGCAGAAUUUGGCAGGACGAGAAUUUCCGCGAGAAGCAGCUCUGGGUAGGCAGCCUGUAUCCGAUCGCGAGCAUACUACGAGUUGAAGGUCAAGGCAACCACGGACUGAAGGCAAAUUGCGUGCUCUAUGAGCGCAACGGACGUGUCGUCUGUCGAUCUAUUGGACGGAAUAAGGACGACCGGAAAGACAGUGCGAUGGCACACCCGAUUAAUACUGGUGAUGUACUAGUCAGAGAAUUCGUGAUUCGACCGUGGAUAGAGGAAAACGAUGACUUGGACGACAUACUUGAUGAUGCAAACACGAAGGCGUCGACAGAUAUCGAUAUGAGCGAGAGUAGAGAUUUCACUGUGAGGACGCCUGCAACUGUGAACGAGAGGAGGCUUCAAAGUGUGGAGACGAGGUUGAGAAGGGUCAUCAGUACGGAAAGAUACUCGAUCGAUGCCGUCAUGAUGGAUGCCCUCGAGGCCGAAGCAGCCCUGGCAGAGAUGUCGGUCGUCGCACCCGACGAGGACAUGCCUGACGUCGCUCCAUUACCGCCUCCCAGCCGGGGGAGUCCUGAGCACGAACGUGGCAAUACUUGUCAUUGCAUGUCUGGAGAAUAG